AUGACCAAGCCACAGCGGUAUCCGCGCGACCCCGUCGCCCUCCUGCCGCUCCUCGAGGCCCUCCUCCCCGCCUCGAUAGCCCUCGUCGGGUCGAUACGCAGUUCGCCGACGCUCGAGAUAUUCGCGACGUUCCCUGCCGACCCGCCAGCCGAGUGGAUGGUGGUCGCAGUCCUACCCGGACCCGUGGGCCAGAUGCGCAUCUUCCACAGCUUUGAAGCCGGCCCUAUCACCAAUGAGGAGAAGGAGCGUGGACAGGCGAUGGUAAACGCCGUCGUUGGGGAGAUGUUGCGCGACCGGCCAGGGUAUAAGCUCGGUGCGGUGCACGAGGCGUGGUCCGAGUCAUUGCGCCUCAACGUCGUCGGUGGGCGAUACCAUACAAUGUGUACGACGUUCCUCGCCCCAAAGAACGCCCAAGUCGAUGCAAGUCGGGCGGAUACGUGUGGCUUAAUCCUAGACGAAGGAAGACCUGGAGACGAGGUUCUGAUCCAAGCAAAGAGCGGAUACCGUACAAGGGAAUGGUACGCCGCGCAGCUGGGGCAUACGUCCGUCCUCCGCCCAACUCCCGAUUCACUGCCCGUUGCGUGGGUCGUCACUGUCGCCGAUGGUGCCAUCGGGGCGCUGUACACCCUCCCCGAGUUUCGGCGACGUGGGCUGGCCAAGGCGGUGCUCGCGCACAGACUGGGCAAGAUGACGGGCCUGCCUGGGUUCUGCCAUGUCGAGGUGACUAAUGGGGCUAGCGAGUCGCUGUGGGAGGGCAUGGGGUGGACGCGGGGCCAUCGGGUGAACUGGAUCUAUGCGGACGACUAG